CUUGCAGCCCCUUGCUACAUGGUGAUCUCAAUUGGCUGAGAUCAAUACUUCAUUCCUCCUUUGGCUGAGAUCACCAGUGAUGACCCCAGAAUCCACACAACAAUGGUGUGUUUCAGGCUGAGAUCAACGGAGGAAUGAAGUAUUGGCCGGCCAUCUUGUCUCUCUCAGCAAGCCAGUACUCAACAAUCUGCCCGGAACCCUAGAAUCCACACAACAAUGGCACCGAAGAAGGAAAAGGCUCCUCCUGCAGCUUCCAAGCCGGCCAAAUCUGGCGGUGGCAAGCAGAAAAAGAAGAAGUGGAGCAAGGGGAAGCAAAAGGAGAAGGUGAACAACAUGGUGCUUUUCGACAAGGCCACCUACGAUAAGCUAAUGUCAGAAGCUCCCAAGUACAAGCUUGUCACCCCUUCUGUCCUCUCCGAACGUUUGAAGAUCAGUGGAUCCCUUGCCAGGAAGGCAAUCCAAGAAUUGAUGGAAAGAGGUUUGAUCAGGAUGGUGGCUGCACAUGCCAGCCAGCAAAUUUACACCAGGGCUACAAAUACCUAAGUUCUGCAUGGUCCAUAUUUAGCCUCCUAGGGACUUGAAGAAAUUUUGUUUCACUAUAUUGUGUUUUUAUGCCAAACUGUGAUUUGUAUUCCCAAAAUGAUGAAGACUAAUGGGUUGAGCAAUUUAGAGUAUUUAUUCACUUUUGAUUUUUUUGGUUAGAAUUGGUUAACUUUGACUCCAAAUUGAAUAAAAAUGGUACUCUAUUAGAUAUUGAUAAAAAAAAUAAAUUUAUUAGAUUUAU